UCAUCACUUCAUUUAAUCACUUUUAUAUCCUUCUAUGACUGAUAUUUCUCAACAACAACGUGAGCAAGAGCGUUUCGCUGCUGCUGAGCAGAAACUUCAAUCACUUGAAAAAUUAGACGAUACUGGAGCUGGUGGUUGGAAUUGGUUCACUGCUCGUACUAUCCUUACAUCUGGUGCCGGUUUUUUUACUGAUUCAUAUGAUGUCUUUAUUAUCAAUUUAAUCACCCCAAUGCUUGGUUAUGUUUACUAUGCUGAAAACGGUAACAAGAUCCCUGCUGACAUUGAAGGUAUCCUUAAGGGUAUGUCUUCCGUUGGUACUUUUAUCGGCCAACUUUUGUUUGGUUUCCUUGGUGACAUUCUUGGUCGUAAGAUUUAUGGUUUCGAAUUGUUGAUUAUUAUUCUCGGUACAAUUAACUGUGCUACUUCUGCCUCUGCUGUUCGCGGUGUUUCUACCAUUGGUUUCCUCGGUCUUUGGCGUUUAAUCCUCGGUAUUGGUAUUGGUGGUGAUUACCCCAUGUCUGCUACUAUUACUUCCGAAUGGUCUACUGCUGGUAAGCGUGGUAUGAUGAUGGCUCUUAUUUUCUCUAUGCAAGGUGUCGGUAACUUGGCUGCUGCUAUUGUCACUCUUAUUCUUCUUGCCAUCUUCAAGAAUGCUAUUAUUGCUGAUGUGAUGAACUUGGAUUAUGUCUGGCGUCUUUGUAUUGGUCUUGGUGCUAUUCCCGCUGUCGGUACUAUUUACCUUCGUUUCACCAUGCCCGAAUCUCCUCGUUAUUCUCUUAAUGUUGAACAUGAUGUUGAAGCUGCUGCUGCUGCCAAGGGUCAAAAUGUCUCCACUGAAUUAUCUAAGCAAUACACUAAGGUUGAAGAAAAGCGUGAUCAUUGGGCUGAAUUCCGUGCUUACUUUGGCCAAUGGAGACAUUUCAAGGUUCUUUUGGGUACAUCUCUCUCUUGGUUCUUGCUCGAUGUUGCUUUCUACGGUCUUGGUCUUAAUAACUCUGCUAUUUUAGCUGCUAUUGGUUAUGCUAAGAAGCCUACUCCUUUUGAGACUCUUUGGGCUAAUACUGUCGGUCAAAUUAUCAUUACUUGUCUUGGUUCUGUUCCCGGUUACUACUUUACUGUAUUCUUGAUUGAAAAGAUGGGUCGUCGUACUAUCCAAUUGAUGGGUUUCGCUGUUACCACUGUUCUCUUUGCCAUUCUUGCUGGUUGUUACAACAUUCUCUUGGAAAAGUCUAUGCCUGCUUUCAUUUUCCUCUUCACUUUAGCUCAACUUUUUCAAAACUUCGGUGCCAAUUCCACCACUUUUAUUAUUCCCGGUGAGGUUUUCCCUACCAAGGUUCGUGCUUCUGCUCAUGGUAUUUCUGCUGCAUCUGGUAAGGCCGGUGCUAUUCUUGCUUCAUUUGCCUUCAAUGCUCUUGUUGAUAUCGGUGGACCUGCUGGUGCCCAUGCUUUCUUACCUGAAGUUCUCGCUAUCUUCUCCGGCGUCAUGUUCUUGGGUUUCGUUGUUACCUGGCUUUGGAUUCCCGAGUCUAAGGGCCGCGAUCUUGACGAAUUCGAGGAAGACUUUGUUGCACAAAGUGCUGUCCAGUACAACACUGAUACCGUUAGUUUAGCCAGCGAGUCUAUCAAUCCCGAACAACGUAAGGCUUAAGCCUAUUCAUUCUUUACCCUCUUUUGGGUUGUACAUUAUAAUCUUUUUUUACCUACUACUUGCAUAUAUAUAUCUUUAUUUUAUAAUAAAUAUCACUUGUUAUUUACAAACAAA